AGAAGGUGCGACCCCAUUUCCUUCGCUGGCUGAAGCUCCGCACGCAGGCGCCCAUGGGAGGCAAAGGUUACUCGAGAGGUGAGCGCCGGCAUCCCUCUGAGCGUCGCGAUGGCCGCCGCGAUGAUCAUCGCGGCAGGGGCUAUUCCGGCGGUGGCCGUUGCGGCCAGUGGGCCCCCGGACCGCAUGAUGGGGGCUGGGACCGCCGCGGCCCUCGCAAGCCUCGGUGGGUCGAGCGCCUCGAGGAGGAAGACUCGAGGGAGCAGUACGUUGAGAACCUGCGACGCCAGUUGGCGCGCGCGGACCCGGAGUUCGCCGACAUGCAGUGGGAGAAGGCGUUCAAGGACCGCGAGAAGGAGCACAGGGCGACGGGCCAGCUCCUGGCCGAGGCGAUGAAGUCCACGUUCGAGGACGUGCUCAAGGACAUGCGGGGCAUGGCAGAGCCGCCACGUGGACGUGAGUUUCCUCCUGCGCCGCCGGAAGUUCGUGAUCACGGCGGUCGUGGAGGUCAGGGUUCGCGCGAUGGACCUGAUGGGGGCCGCGACUCUCGAAACGGUUCUGGCUCGACGACGUUGUCUCGCUCUGAGUUUGGCUGGUUGCGCUCACUGGUUGGCAGCGACGCGGAGAACAAGGAUUCCGACUCCACCGAGACGUUGGCGAAGGGCAUACAGAAAGCCACGAAGAAGAAGCUCGUCGUGGGCAACAGCAACAAAAUGUACAAGAGCGCGGAGGUUGACAUCCCGAAGGACCCGAAGAAGAAGGCUGAGGGCGUUCUGGCGAUCAUCAGGGGCCAGGGCAUCUGACUAGAUUUUGGGAUGGCUUCGGCUACGGAGAACUUUGCGUGGUUCUGGGCGUGCUCAUUUUGGCAAUUCGUGGUUUGACUCAUCAAGUGCUGGAUUGCCUUGGGAUGGAUUUCAAUGCUUGGCUUCACGUUGGUGUACAUCGUGAAUGUGGGGCUGUCAUUCACAUUACCGUUGCCGACACAGCUAGACUCCAGGUACGACGAUGUCUUGAAAGCAUGGGCCACGCUGCGGGUCACGCAAGCGCAAGAAGCUCGUCAUAUUCAAAGGCUAGCCGACGACAUGGGGUUGCCGUUCACUUUUUACGACGAUUCGGAACGCCAGUUCAUCGCCAGCUCGAUCAGGUCGAUGGGAACGGCAGUUGGAUCAAUAUUGCUCUCCUGGGGGCUUGGAGGAAUCCGGUGAGCAGGGUCCGAGUGAUGCUCGCACGCAGGCGCGGUGAAUGGGGCUCUCCUCUCUCCUCCCGGCCCGUUUCCUCCUCCUUCUCCUCGUCGCCCCGGUCAUCCUGGAGAGGCGCAGUAAAGAGACUGCGCAUCAAAUUUUGGUUCCCGAGACCUUUGGAUUGCACGCAGUAGGGGGACUGCGCAUCAAAUUUUGGUUCCCGAGGCCUCUGGAUCGCACUCCGAAUCUGAAGCAUUUGGCUCCUGCAGGGGGGCUCCUCGGGUCACCAGCGCUCAUAGCCGAGGAGCUGGCUGCCUAGCCCUGCGCCAUGCGAUG